AUGAGCCACAACCUGGCUCAAUGUCAGAAACUGGUCAAGAAAGCAGCUGAUGCGGGUGCAAAGGCACUCUUCCUCCCCGAAGGAUCAGAUUACAUCGGCAGUGGCCCCGAAGAAUCAGUAUCCCUCGCCAAGACAAUACACGAGUCUGAAUUUGUCCGUGGCCUCCAAGAUGAAGCUCGACAGCACAAGAUCUCGAUCCAAGUUGGCCUGCACGAACCUACGAACCCACCUUCGUCUCGAAUACUGAACACCUUACUAUGGAUAUCUCCCAGUGGCAAGAUCCUAGAGGAAACUCGCUACACCAAGCUCCACCUCUUCAACCUCGACCUUGGUGAGUCGGGUGGUCCUGUCAUGAAAGAAAACAAGACCAUCCAGGCUGGGAAUACGAUCGUGGAGCCGUAUAGUACGGUCCUCGGCAAAGUUGGCUCGCAGAUCUGCUUCGACCUACGCUUCCCGGAACCGGCGAUACGGCUCCGUCGUCUUGGUGCUAAUAUUAUCGUUUAUCCAUCGGCGUUUACUGUUCCCACAGGCGCGCUGGGUCACUGGGAGAUACUCCUUAGAGCCCGUGCGAUUGAGACUGAGUGUUAUAUCGUUGCUGCGGCGCAGUGUGGACGGCAUAACGAGAAGAGGGUGAGUUAUGGUGAUAGUAUCGUUAUAGACCCGAAGGGGCGAGUCGUGACGAGGGCGAGCAAAGUGGAAGAUGAGAAGAGCGAGAAGGAGGGUGCGAGAGAGCCGGAAUUGUUGACGUUUGAAAUCGACACAAAAGCUGUGGAUGAUGCGAGGAAGACGAUUCCGUUGGAGAGGAGGACUGACGUAUACCCUGAAAUCUAA